CAAUAAAAACCAUUAUUCACUUUAUUACAUAUAGGGAAGUUGUGUAUAGUGACUCGUGCAAAACAAUGUACGAGUAUAUAAAAUUUAUAUACUUAUUUUUAAUAAUAACUGUACACAAUGGAAGCACCGAAUGCGAAUCUCUUCAAUUUAACGUGACCACAGCAGUGGGUGACCACUUCGAAACAAAUUGCACUGUUGAUGAAGAAUGCAAAAACGAGUUCCCUAUAACUUUGACGCAAGUAUUGAACUACGGGCAACAAUUAAGUUUAUUUCAAUUGAAUGCUUAUAUAAUAGAUUUCAAUGUUGUAAUAAAAAUGAAUGUAUAUAAAUUUGAUGACGGUACAGUACUGAAUUGCAACAAGACAAUUAAAAAUGAAUAUAACCAAACUAUCGAUGUACGUGUCAUAAAGAAAUUACUACUUAAGAAAUCGUCGGUAGAAAGUACAGAACCAAAACAUAUAUACUACGAUCCUGGUAACCUGACUAUAUACUGUGACGGACAUUACUUGUAUAAAGUGGACACGACCAAUAAAGUAACGGAAUCAAUACAAUUGUUCGAUAAACAAAACUGUAUUACAAUCGAAUUAAAUGAUAAAGAUGACAGGACCGAAAUCUUUUGUAUUAAAUUUCACAUUAUACUAGAUAAUAUGACAAAAACAAAAAUAUGCGAGCGUCAAGUAUUGAAUGUUUCCAAACUGCAUUUGAAAGGCAGUGAGAUUAGAUUAGAUUAUGAUUAUAAUAAAAGCACCGACUGGAUGAGUAUACCAUUAAUCAUAUCUGCGAUUGUUAUAUGCGUCGCAAUAGCUAUAAUAUGGGUGCAGUGGUGGAGGCGUCGAGACAGAAUAGCUUCGCAAAACGUUUCCCAAACGGACGAAGAUGUAUACGAGAUACCUCAUCCUCCUUAUGUAAAUCUUCACGGAACUGCCACGAACACCACCUCACCCGAAAGCGAUUACGUAGAUCUCUCAUCAGAGGUCCAGUAUGCGGAUCUGGAAAUGAUGCAGGGCACGCUGAAAUCUUUUGAUGUAAAUGAAAGAUGCAUAUACUCUAAGGUUACUGGUAUCUUAAUGCCAAAUAAUAAGAAAUUAUAAUUAAUACGAAAUAAAGUAUUAGACUUUACCAACCAUAAUUAUAUAUCAGCAUGCAUGGCGACUAGUGCCGAUGCAAAAAUCGUUCAAUUGUAAUGUCAUCAAGUCGUAUAUUUGAUUUAUAAUAUUUUAUAUAGUUCAUUAACAAUUACUAUAACUAUUUAAAUACUUUUUAUGUAAUAACUUACUUUAGUACGCAACUUUGUACGUAUGGAAAUUUAAAGUAGAUAAUUUCUAGACGGUGUAUCUAGACGAAACAUAUGCCAGAUUUUAAAUUAGACCUUUAGGGACACAACUGUAAAAAUCGCAUCCAAUUUGGUGCAGUAGUUUUUGUAUGAUACCGGAAUAAACACUGAUAAACUAAAAUAGUAAAAAAAAACUAUCGUUUUUAACUUCUAUUACUCUAAUUGAGAGCUUUCAUAUUACUUGUAUUUAAAUAUUUUUAUGUAAUAAAACUAUGACACAUAAUAUUUUUAAGUAAUAAAACUUACGAGAAAUAAUUCUCUUUAAGUUUUAUUAUAUAAAAAUAUGUAUUAAUAUAGAUUAAGAAUAGUGCCUGGCAUUCUUUUUUUACACAGAAAUGUAGUAGCAGUAUCAAUUUAUCUACAAUAAGAUAGGCAAAGGAACUAAGCUAUACAGCCCGCUCUUCAGUAGAUUGUUUGUAUUUCCAUGUCUUAACAAGGCAAAGUUGCCAUAUCUUUUUCAGGAUUUUUUAGAAUUCCGAAUGGCUUGUGAUCAACAAGCCAUACGGAAAAUACGAAUUUUCUUACGAUUGAUAAUUAACAGGUAAUGCCUACGAACGCCGAUAGUACCGCAGGUACUACCCUUAUCCUAUGACGCCAAUAGAUAACUUUGAAUGGACCUUUGAUAACACUAAUUUCGUUCUCAACUGGUCGUCAUGUUAAUUUUUAUUAAUUUACUAGUGACCCAGCCCGGCUCCACAUCGGUACAUUGAAUUUUCGAAAAUAAUAUAUACCGAUAAGAAAAGAUUCUUGAGUGGUGACCUCGUACGGGCAAACGCUACGGACGACCCCCACUAGAUAGAGUGACGACUUCAAACGCAUUGCAGGGAAUCACUGGAUGCAGGUGGCUCAGGACCGUUCCUUAUGGCGGUCUAUGGGGGAGGUCUAUGUUUAGCAGUGGACAGAUAAUAGGUGAAACGACGAUGAUGAUAAAUGUAUAGCAUAUGUUACUCUUGAUAAUGUAGCUUUCUAUAGAUGAAAGAAUCUUUAAAAUUAAUUGAGUAGUUUUUGAGUUUAUUCAGUGUACUGUAUCACCCAUAAUACCCCACAUGCGUUGUCAUUCCUGAGGCUCAGGUGUUAUUCCUCUGUACCCUGUAAAUUCACGCCAUAUCCCACCCUUCAAACCGAAACACAGCCAAGCAAACUGCUUUAUAGUUUUUAUUUUUAUUUAUUUAUUUAGGUCAACAAACAGUAAACACAAUAACAAUAUAUAUAUCUAAAUACAUAUGUAUCUAAAUAUCAAUAAUUUUUGUGUCACCAACGACGUUGGCCACCUAUUACUAUAAAACAAAAUAUGCAAAAUGGUUGUGUGCAACUACUUGUACAAAACUAAACAUAUACACAUACAAAUAGUUGAAACACGAAUGGGACAGAGGUACCGAAGCAAUCGAAUUUUGUACAAAGUCUCCCUCUGGUGUGGGAGACUUUGGUUUCCCGUUAUUUAAUUUGAAUACUUAGAUUUAAGUACUCGCCGAAAAAAAAAUAUACAUACAAUUACCUAUAGCUCGCUUUGAAUUGAUAUUAGGUUUUUCAAAGUAGAGAUUUGUUUAUUUUUUUAUUAUCUUCAAUUUUGGUAAUGGCACAUUUUUUGUAAAAACUCAUAGUUUUUGAGUUAUUUAUGAAAAACCGCUUUAAAACAUGUAUUUUUAUCACGAAAAAUCAUAAUCUUUGAUCUUUAAUAACUCAGAAAGUAUCGAUUUAUUCCAAAAACUUUAUAUAACAAAUUUUGCUUAGAAUUUGUCUCUCUAUCGACUCCUAGGGUUAUUUUUAUUAAUUUUCACCCCCGAGAAGGGGUGGCAACCAGCCCCAGGGCAAAAGCGCAAGUUUGCACUAUGUCAGUUUUGUUUCUUAAGGUAUCCUCCAUCUAUUCACCAAUUUUCAUGAAAAUCGUUGGAGGUUCAACGAAAUCGGAGGUGAAAACCUUCAUUAACUGUACUAUUUAAUGUGUUAAUAAUAUGACUAAAUGAUUAUCAGUGACAAUUAAAUGAAACUACAUCAUAACUGUAUAUAUGAAUAUCUAUAUUACUGUUCUUAAAUCAAUAUUUACAUUAAAUUUAUACAGGUGGUCUUUUCUUAGCUCUAUAACCAUAGACGAUGGCGGCCAAUAAAUAUGUCAAUUCCAACACAGCACUAAAUAAUUUCUAUAAUCAAGAUUAUAAAAUGUGAGCUAACAAAAACUUUAAAAAAAAAUAUGAGAUCAUAUACUAGUUUCCCAUUACAUCCUUUUUUUAGUGUUAAUAUUUAUAGUAAAUUUAAUAUUAUAACAUUAUACUGUAAUAGAUUGGCUGGAAGAGAUCUCUUUCAGAGAUAAGUCCACCCUUGGUCAUAAUAUUUAUAACUGUCUUAUGUAUAUAUAUAAUUUACAAAUGCAAUCAAGAAUAUACAUAGUAUCAUUCAUUUGAUUGCCAUCUUUUUUACUCCUAUGCAGUUAAAAAAGGGUAUAAUGCUGUGUCAAAGGAGACAUAGUGAAUGCCAUUUCUAAUGGCACAGCACAGCUUGGCUUAGAACUGAGAGCGUUAAUAUAAUUAUUAUGAAACUACUCGAGAUCACAAAUUGUAAGCUAAUUGUCAGAUUUAAGUCAAGCUGUACGUAUUUAUAUGUACAAUCACUUACAAUAUGCAUAUAAGUUAUAAAUCUCACUUAUAUAAAACUCAUUAUGAAAUAAGUAAACAUUUUUUUUUUAUUUCGGUAAUACAAACGAGCUUGGUAGUGCUAUUAGACAAAGUAUAUAUCAAUAGUUCUAUUUAGAUUAAAAAUACAGUGUACAUAUUUUAACGUAAUAACUACCAAUUUAGCUUACAUGUAAUAAGAUUAAGAAAACUCACAGCCACUCAUGAUUAAGGGUCAUGAAAUGAUGCCAAAUCUAGUUGAGAUUUCUUGAUCUAAUUAAACGCAGGUUAAACCGGUAGUUAUUACCUUAAAAUACAAAGUGUACAUAUUCAUAUGUACAUAAUCCAUAUACAUAUCCGACUAGCCCCUUCGGAUAUACAUAGUUGUGAGUAUAUAAAUAAAUUUAACACAUAAUUAAUACAGGUUGUACAUUUGGCCUCUGGUAGAUUACGUAUAAAAAAAAAGUAUUGAAUAGAUAAAAACACAUAUUUUAUUUAUUACUAUGUUUUUUAUCUCCAAAUUUAUACAAACACGAAACAGCAGUAGUUAAAAUAAAUUUACUGAUAUCCAUUUAUUCUUUAGUAAUUACACAAAUCGAUAGUACAGACAGUAUCGAUUCUUCAAAAAGGGCGUAAUAAGAUUUUUUUAGGUUUGACAACGUGUUGGUUGUAGGUGUUGUAAGCGUCCAUAAGCUAACUGUAAAAAUGGAAACCAAUUACUGAACCGUUUUCCAUCAGAUGGGCUACAUAUUUAUUUGCCAUUUUUGAGAUAUCGAAGAAAAUACCGCUUAAAAAUCAACACAGUUUGAUAAAAUUCAAUAAUUUUAUAUCAACGUCGUUUUAAAACUGCCUACCCAUUAUAGGAAAUCUAAUAAAUUCGCAUUGAAUAAUGUUUGCUUUUUUAUGAACAUAUUAUGUAAAGCAAUAUUAUCAUAUACUUGUAUUAAUAUUUGUAAGCAAUUUUGACAUAUAUUUUAUGUUGUAUAACUGUAAAUGUAUUUUAUUUCAAUAAAUGGCAUAUAUAAAAAUCAAAAUAAAACGGUUUGUGUUAACUGUUAUGUAUUUUCCAUCUUAGUAUUAAGUAAGGAAUUUCGAUAUAAGUAUAUAUUUGUGAUUUUAGUAAACAAUCAGAUACAUAUCUGAUUCUUUACUAAGAAAAAAAAACAGAUCAUACUAAUUUUCAAAAUAAACCUGAUUAAUGUAUAAUCAAUAGAUUCACGUUCAAAACAUAAUUCGUACAAAAGCAGCCCUGUAUAAUAGGCAUUUGCCAUAGACUAUCAACAUAAAUGCAUGCUUCCAAAUUCCAGUCCCUAUCUAUGCAUACAUUAUUAUAAAUUUCAUUAUUUACCCUUAAUACCAUCAAUACAAGAUGUACUGGUAUUUUUAAUUGACAAAUAAAAAAAAAGUUACUUCUCUAUAUUUGAAUCAGAAUUGCUAAUUAAAAAAAAAGUCAAUGAUUAAGGCAUUUUAUUCAUUAUGAGUAUUCCAGAUGCAAGAACUUAAAUUAUGCCUCAAUUACGCAUAAUGGUGUUUACUGCUAAAACAAUUUAAAUCUGGUUUAUAUAUAUAAACACUUCUCACCACUCGAAUACUGAAUAGAUAACGGCACAUACCAACUUAGACCGUAAGAUAUCACCACUAUGUAUGUACACAUGUCUAACUCUCGAGAAACAACUGAAACAAAACUACAAACAUUAAUUUCUUAUUCAUAAAUAAUAAAAAAUUCUAUCUA